AUGCAGAUGGCUCUAGCGGCGCUCGUCACCUUGAGCCGAAACCUCGUGGUCGUUUGCUUCCUCCUUGUGUCCCAAGCCAGGUCAUCGGCAGAUGCUAUUAGAAGCAUCCAAGUCUUAGGACUGAAUGAGACAAAAGUGAUGCAAAGUGUGACCUUCUCUCUGCAUAUCACUGGGAGUUCUCCUCUGACUUUAUGCUGGCUCAUCAAGCCAGACUGUGUUCUACUAGAAGGAAAUGAGUGCCACCUGGUGGUGGUAAACAGCACUUCUUACAACGUGAACCACACCUUCAAGGACCCAGGACGGUACUGUCUCAGCAUCAGAGUCCAGUAUGGCAUCAACCAUCUGCAUCAAUAUCACCUGAUUAAAGUGUGGGCCACUGGCAUCCAUCCAGCUCUCUUUGUUUUGCCCUGUGUCUUACUCAUCUCGGGAAUGUUGAGUUUCAUUAUGUAUGUGACCUACCGGAAUAGCACCCAGCAGAAGGACCUGGUGGAGGUGGCUGAUUUCGACUUUUCCCCAAUGUCUGACAAGAGCUCAGCUGGUUCGGAGCCUGAAAGAUGCUGUAUGAGGCUAUGCUGUCACUGCUUCCUCUGCCCACCGUCACAUCAUCAGAAGACCAUCAGAGAGUCUCAUGGGCUGCUGCAUCCUUUCUAUAAGCCAGUCAAAAGCUAUUCGGUGUGA